AUGGCCUUCCAUUGGGAGAAGAGAAAGACAAAAGUGCCUUUCUUCCGGGUAUUCGUGAAUUCUGUCCCGUCGGGACUCGCGGAACGGCCUCAGUUCUCGAUUUUGUCGCCGAGAAACCUCGUGAGGAUCGACAAUGAAACCGGGGAGCUCUCCCUGCUGCAUCGUCUCGACGACAAACGUCUCGCUCGCGAACUCGAGGUUGAAAUCGAAGCAUCGCAUCCGGACCUGGGUCUGGCCAGGACAGUCAUUGUGUUCCAGCUGACGUCGAGCACAUCCUGCAACAUCAGUCGGUCGAUGUGCUUUACUUCGGAAGACGAUGCGAUCACCAUCGAUGCUGAGGCCGCUCCCGGAACUCCGGUCGAAUACGUUCCGCCUCCGAUGCAGCGGUUCUGUAACAGGAGCGCCUCUUACACUUUACAGCCAGUUGACAUGCUGUCGCUAGACGACGACACUCGCACGCUGAAAACGAUCAGAGCGAUCCCUCCCGGAAUCCAUAACACGUCGGUUUUCUGCAAAAUCGACGGAAAUCCGAGCCUCGCUUUCAACAAAACGGUAAUCCUCAGGGCAGCCCGCCUCUAUCGCACGUCACUUCGAGGCGUGAACCUGUCGUGUGAUUUCACCACUGCGCGAAUGCUGCAAAAGGACAGGAAGAUCUUGUGUGACCUCGAAGCGGUCAACGUCGACAAGGACGCCCUGUAUCGCGUAUUCAGAGUCGGAGACGAGCGCAAUCUUUUCCGAGUGAAACACGAUCUGAUGUUCCCAGACAGCGAACACCGGCGGGUCAUCAUCUCUGUGACGGCCAUUCCCGGGGCAACUUUCUAUCCGGACACCACUUACAGCUUCGACGUCGUGCUGGAGGAAGGAUCGAGAAAGCAUGUCAGCUACCAAAAUGUCACUUACAAGGUCACGGUAACUAACGACACCCUCAUUGAUCAUCCUCUUCGAUUGGACGUGAGCAGAGCCAAUCUGUCGUCAGGAUUGACAGCCCGCUUCACGAGGGUCAUCCCUGCCUUGAGUGUCGUACAGAGACGCGCAAGAUACAGGUUUUCGAUUGCCGACGAUCAAUGGCACGACGCGUUCGCAAUCACAAGAAACGAGGGCAUCGUCUACGUCAAAGAUACGAAAGCCCUGCUCGACAUCGCCGGUCGGGACGUGAAGCUCAGGGUCAUUAUAACGGACCUGAAAUCCCACAACGAGACCUACCACGACAUCCACGUGUCGGUCGAGGACAGCAAUUCGAUUAUAUGUGGUGAUCCAUCAGAACUUCUGUCCUGCGCUUCGGCCAAGUAUCACAAUCAGUGCGAGGAGAUGUGCGGGGACGGAGCUCGUUUCGGUCAUUGCAGUUGGCAUCGGGCCGAGAAGUCAUUCUAUGAAUCGUGCACUCCCGAUCCUCUGCACUGUCCCGAUCAGCAAUGCGAUGAGCUUGAAAGGGAGAACGACUCCCUCUGUCCCCAGGAUUGCGCUCCUCAUGUCACCGGCGUCGCCGUCAAAUCUGAUCAUGCGGCCUCCGGGAUACCGCCCGAAGCGGGAGACUUCUGUUUCUGUUUGGUGCCAAGUCAAUGUACGUGUGAGCUCUCGAAGAGCCACGAACGCGUCGAAAGAUCUCGAAACAACUUGUCGGAGAAAGAAUCUCAUCACGCGAAAGACGACGAACGACCUCGGGGCUUGUGUGGCAGACGCAGCUGUAUCAACGUCAUCAAAGUGGUCGGACUAGGCGGCAUGCUCAUUGCCGUCUCGAUAGCGGCCAUUAUACUUCUGUUGAAAUCAGUUCCGUUCCCCAAGCCGAAGAAGCCAGGCAGCGAGAAACGCGACACGAAUCAAGACAUUUCACCGGAUCCUGAUUCAACCUUGACAAUGGAAGGACCCGACGUCAAGCUAUUGCCCAUGAAUCAAGUGGAUGUCCGCUGGGAGGUGCGACGUGACAACCUCUUGUUUGAAAACGUUCUCGGAGAGGGCGAGUUCGGCAAGGUCAUGCGCGCUCAAGCCUGGAGCAUUGCGGGGAGAGACGGCUACACCACGGUCGCCGUCAAGAUGCUGAAAGACGAUGCUUGCCGUCAGGAUCAACAGGACCUCCUGCAGGAAUUGCAGAUGCUCAAAGAAGUCGACCACGUAAACGUCAUACGACUUCUGGGUGCCUGUACCAGCAGAGAGGGUCCGCUGUAUGUGAUCGUGGAGUAUUGCGAAUAUGGAUCUCUGCGAUCGUACUUGCGACGGUGUCGCAACAUUUCCUCUACGGAAGACCUGCGUGCGGUUCAGAAUCCAACUUAUCUCGGCGAAGAUCAGCGAGUCCAGCUACCUUCCGCUCGACAGCUGACGUCUUUCAUGUGGCAGAUCGCAAGAGGCAUGAGUUAUCUGUCAGAUAUGAAAGUCAUACACCGUGAUCUCGCAGCGAGGAAUAUUCUAGUGGCCACAGAUUUCGUCGUGAAAAUCUCCGAUUUCGGGCUAAGCCGCGACGUUUACGAAGGAGAUACGUAUCUGAAGAGGAGCCGGCAGCGAGUUCCUGUCAAAUGGAUGGCCAUAGAAUCGCUAGAAGACCAAAUAUACACCACCAGAAGUGAUGUGUGGUCCUUCGGAGUCGUGCUCUGGGAGAUCGUGAGUUUGGGCGCGACGCCGUACCCCGGCUUGAGUGGCGAACGGCUGUGUCAUCUGCUCAAGCAGGGAUAUCGCAUGUACCAGCCAGAUAAUUGCUCUGAUCAGCUAUACGCGGUCAUGCGGGAUUGCUGGAGACCAGAUCCAAACGAGAGACCUUCGUUCAGAUUGCUCGCGCAAAAGUUCGACCGUCUCCUUCAGGAUACAACGAUAUAUCUUGACGUAGAAGACGGCGUGGCAACGUGCUCGACAUACUACAACGACGACUCGGUGACGUCGGAGGAGACCAUUGUAUGUGGUGAUAGGCCAAGCCGCGUAGAGGCGCAACUGGAAGGCGGUGUCGUGAAAUCGCAUCUACUCAAACAGGACAGGACCCCGUCGUCGGAAUAUCUCAACGACGACGAACGCAACCGGUUACUCCACUACGCAAAGAUGGACUUUGCCCGCUCUAGUAGCGAUGCCAGUUCAGAUCAAGAGCAUACGUCAAGCGUCUGA